AUGACCGACGACGAGCAGCUACCGCUCUUGACGACGACGCGGACGGCCAACAGUGACACAAUGGACGACGCAUCACUACCGAUCGAUCCAUCGACACCAUCCACGAGCGACCACAACGUGAGCGCCAAGAUCGUGUUUCUGUCCGUGAAUGACGUGUACGAUAUGGUCCCGAACGCGCACGGCCACGGAGGCAUUGCAGAGUUUGCAACGCUAUUGGAACAGCAAAAGGCGUUGCUACCGAACGACGUGACGCUCCUUGUGACGCUCAAUGGCGACUUUCUCUCGGGGUCAGAGAUGGCCGAGCGGUUCAAAGGAGCGCACAUGAUCGAGUUGAUGAACCACUUGGGGAUUGGGUACGUCGUGCUGGGCAACCACGAGUUUGACUUUGGCGCUGAGGAACUCCAAGCGCGCAUGCGGGACUCGACGGCCAAAUGGUUUGGCUCGAAUGUGGUGGAUGCGGCAUCAGGUGCGCUGUUCGAGAACGUCGUGGACACGGAAGUGGUCGAGCUGAAAGACGGCCUGAAGCUCGGCGUCUUUGGCGUGUGCACCGAGGAGACGCCGACGCUGUCGUUUCCAGGGAACACCAUCAAGUUUGACGACGUGUUUGCCACUGCUCGACGGUGUGUGGACGCCCUGAGAGCUCAAGGAGCCGAUUUCAUCCUUGCGCUGACGCACUUGCCAAUUGCUCAGGACAAGAAACUUGCGCGCCAAGUACCUGGUAUCAACUUGAUACUCGGCGGACACGACCACGAACCGGUCACGAUGUACGAAGGCAAGACGCUCAUCCACAAGUCGGGACAGAAUGCGUUCUGGCUGGCCAAGCUCGAAGUUGAAUUGAAGCGGUCUACCCGACACCCGGAACGAGGACUUGUCGUCUUGCCGCAAUGGAGCAUGACUGCAAACGCGUAUUUGCCGCCGCAACCAGCGUGCCAGCAAAUUCUGUACAAGUACAUGCACGAAAUGGCAAGCGAAGACGACCCACAGGAAAACGAGCGCGUGUUGGCUACGUUAGCAACCCCUUUGUCGACGCGCACAGCACUGUUACGAGCUGGCGAGAGCAGUGGCGGCAAUCUGGUCGCAGAUGCGCUGCGCAGUGAACUAGUCGCUGAUGUGGGGUUCAUCAACGGAGGCUUUAUCCGUGGCGACACCGAGUACCCAGCCAAGUCCAGCAUCACAGUGGGCAUUCUGAAGCACGAGAUGCCAUUCCCGCGGCACGCUGUGUUGGUGCGCAUCAAAGCCAGCGACCUGCGCGACGCCUUGAUCCAGCACUUGUCCAAGUACCCGCAGCAAAGUGGGUCGCACCCUCACGUCUCGGGACUCGAAUUAGUGGUCGACAUGCGGUCCGAGCCAGCGGCGCUCGUCACAAAGAUGGUCGACGACAGUGGCGAGUCGAUAAACAUGGAACGGCAGCUCCUCGUGGCUACUUCCAAGUUUGUCGCGGACGGUGGCGACGGCUGCUCGUCGUGGCGCAAGGGUGAGGUCGUGCGCGAGGCGGGCAAACUCCCCGAGGUCGUGGCCGAGUUUAUGCUGAAGAAGCGGUUGCUGGCAUACCCAGCGCACGAAGGCCGCGUCACGAUCCUCGAGUGA